UUGCGAGAAGACUAACACUAUUCUCUUGGAUUUUGUGUUUUGAUUUUAAUUUCUUACGCGUAGAAUCUUAGGAAUGAAGUUUUAUCUGAAUUAAUAUUGCCAUUACUACUGAUAUUUUUCUCAGAGAGUACCCUCUUCCUUCAGCUCCAGUGCGAUCGGUCGCUGCAACACCAAUUUUUUUUUCCCGGAUUUUGGGAUUUACGAUUCGUUUACGAAUUGCGAUUUUCGUAUCAAGGUUAAUUUUUGUAAGGCAGUAAUUGUAACCAGUGGAGUUCGCUUAGCAAUAGACUCUGCGAUAUGAAAUCACCUUUGACACCACGGACCUUGGAAAUUUUCUACCAAAACAACGGUGGGAAUGGCCUGCUUGAUUUACUCGCCCCCGAAGUUUUCUACCAAAUUAUGGUUAAUCUUGAGCUUAAAGACAUCAGGAUCUGCAUGUGCGUCUGCAAAAAAUGGAGGCUACUCUUGUCCACGGGAUACUUCUGGAGAAAUUACAUGAAUCAUUCGUUUGACUUUACGGAUCAAGACGAAGAGAGACUCACAGGAAUGUUGCACGAGCUCGGUAGCUCGUGGUUCUUCGGCUGGGGACAGGGAAUGGUGCAGGGAUUACCCGACGGGGACUUAUUCGAGGAACUCCCAAGGCGCUGGAAAUCCGGUAUCGUGCACCCGGUUGGACCGGAUGUCCGAAGUAAAGUGCCUGAUUACAAGGCCAUGUACGAAUCACUUCAUCAGCUGCAAAAAUUGCAAGAUGAAGUGAACGAAAGAGAAAUUGUUUACACUGGUUCCUCAGAGAAUAGUGGAGAAUGCCCGGUUGAUAUGCUGUUAUUCCCCUGGGAACAUGACAAACUACCUUCUCAAGAGGAGGUCAUGGAGAUUUUCCAUUUGAAUACAAAUCUACGGUUAGAUGUCACUUACGAGAGGUCAGAGAAAAGCUUCGCGGAAGGAAAAGAACUCGAAAGGAUAUUCAAGUGUCGAAGGAAACUGCCAAGCGAGAGCAUUUUCUAUGAAGCACUUCCCAAGGUUUUGGACGAUGGAUUUAUAAAAGUGCACGUCGAUUAUCAAGGUCGUUCUAACACGUUCAGACCUUGCCCAGUCUUCAUUCUUACCCAGCUCUCGCCUGGUUGGUGUGGAGGUGUUUUGACAGGAGUGUGGUAACGAGCAAGAGAACCCUCGGUGUACUAAACCCCAUGGUGCCAAGAUCAUAUUUGGAAAACGCGGAUUACACGAAUUACCUACCCAUGCUGACGCGAAUAUCUACCUUUGUAACGUUCGGUCGAUAUUUGCGAAACAACAACAGUGGGAAAUUCGAUCCAGACACAAAUCGUUGAGUUAACAACUUUGUUGACUACACUCCAGACAUGAAUAGUGACAAGAUUGUCUUGAGUCGACCUAGCUCGGCAAGAUAGCCUUGUUAUUUAAAACUCAGCGUAUAGUUUGUUAUUUCUCGCUCUUCGAGUAAACGUUGUUAAUCUACACAGUAUUCAGUUGAGCUCCGCUGAAUCGAACUGCAAAAACAAUCGAGUAUAGUUCGUAGCAACCGGAGAGUUCGAUUAAGCUAAUGGCGUAUUACUAAAACUCCUCUUCACGGAAAUGGCUUAAACUCUGAAGAUCUAAUUCGUAAUUCUCUAACUUAGCAACCAGAUAUUGCCUUGUGAUUAGGUGUGGAGAAUUUAAGUGAGAUGUCACGGUAGUUACACCCUCUAACUGAUAAGUUUAUCAAAUCUCAUCACUUGUUUUUUCGAUAAAGUAUCGUCAGUUGUAAGGAGAAAUUGCGCAUUAUUCUCAUCUGGGAGUCAAAAGUUUCAUCAAGUUCGACUAGAGGACGUCUUUAGAAAAUGUUGUUCAUCUCUGUUGACUGUUGAGUAUUCAUUCGCAAUUAAAAUUUCCCACGUUAUGUAUGCAUUGUUGCCUAAUGCUUUGAGAAAUUUCAGUGAUGACAGAGAGGCCGGCACUCAGAGAAGUGUUAAGGCUCUUAGAUCAAGUAAUUUUUUACUUAAAGAAAAUCUUUAACAAUGUAUUGACGGCGCGGGUUAGACUGUGCUGUUAUUGUUGUUUCUGCAUAGCAGAUGACUGUCCCAAAAGAAAGUGUUUUAAUAUAACUCAAACUACAUAUUUUUUAAAAUGUUUAUUUUAUCAACUAUUUAAUAUAUACGGAAAACUCGAAUAAAAAAGUGUUGACAGUAA